AUGGCCAACGGGAGCCUUGAAGACCGACUUCACAACCACCAGUGUGGUGGUUUGAGUUUAGGCGCAGUGAUCUGCAUAUCAGUUGACAUUGCUUGUGCUCUUGAAUACCUACAUAACCAGUGCAUCCCACCGGUUGUUCACUGCGACCUAAAACCAAGCAACAUACUUUUCGACAAUGAUGAUACUGCACGUGUCUGCGACUUUGGUCUGGCAAAGCUAAUUCAUGGGUGUUCAUCUGGAGGGCAGAGCGACACAACAAGCAUAGUUGGACCAAGGGGAUCUAUUGGGUACAUACCUCCUGAGUAUGGCAUGGGCAGUGAAAUCUCAACCGAGGGUGACGUCUACAGCUAUGGCAUUGUUCUUUUGGAAAUGCUUACACGGAAACGGCCUACCAAUGAAGAGUUUAGUGAUGGCUUGACGCUCCACAAGUAUGCAGAUGCAUCACUUUCACUUUCACGAACCCAAGACAUUCUUCACCCCAGUCUUACUUUAGAGACGGGAGAUCAGUGUGUCGGUCAUAUCCCAAACUUGCAAGAGCACAACACAUUUGCACUAAAGGAUAUGUGUACUCUCCGGCUCCUUAGACUUGGCUUAUUAUGCUCCGCGAAAUCCCCGAAGGAUCGCCCAGGGAUGCAUGAUGUCUACGGUGAAGUAACUGAAGUAAAAGAGGCAUUUUUCUCUAUUGACAACUGA